AUGGGGAUCGAUCUCGUCUUCCACUUCCUCCGCGAAGGCCCACCCACCUGGGUCCGCGACAACAUCUGGCUCAUCCUCAAGACGGCCGCCACCCUCUUCGCCCUCUUCCUCGUCAAGCUGUGGUCCAAUGGCGCCAGCAACACCUCCGAGCUCAAGAUGCACGGCCGCGUCGUCAUGGUCACGGGCGGAACCUCAGGCAUAGGAGCCGCCACCGUCCUCGACCUCGCCAAGCGCGGCGCCCAGGUCGUCCUCCUCACCCACGCCCCCGUCUCCGACCCCUUCCUCGUCGAGUACAUCAACGACGUGCGCGAGCAGACCAAGAACCACAUGGUCUACGCCGAACAGGUCGACCUCUCCUCGCUCCACAGCAUCCGCCAGUUCGCCACCAAAUGGAUCGACAACGCGCCGCCGCGCCGCCUCGACAUGAUCCUCCUGUGCGCCGCCACCUUUACGCCCGCCGGCCAACCCCGCCAGGUGACCGACGAAGGCAUCGAGCAGACGUGGAUGGUCAACUACCUCGCCAACUUUCACCUGCUCGGCAUCCUGAGCCCGGCCCUCCGCGCCCAGCCCUUCGACCGCGACGUCCGCGUCGUCUUCGUCACGUGCCCCUCCUACAUCGGCUCGCCGCCGCUGUCCGCGCCGCUCGACGACAAGACCUGGACCACGGGCGCCGCCUACAAGCGGAGCAAGCUGGCGCUGACGACCUUCGGCCUCGCCUUCCAGAAGCACCUCGACGCCUACAAGCGGCCCGACGGCCUGCCCAUGAACGCGCGCGUCCUCUUUGUCGACCCCGGCCUCACGCGCACGCCCGGCAUGCGCCGCUGGCUCACGCGCGGCACCCUCUGGGGCCUCUUCGUCUACCUCGCCACCUACCUCCUGCCGUGGCUGCUCCUCAAGAGCCCCGAGCAGGGCGCCCAGUCCAUCCUGCACGCCGUCAUGGAGGCCGGCAUGCGUCGUGGCCCCGGCGGCAAGCUGAUCAAGGAGUGUCGGGAGGUGGACUUUGCCCGGAAGGACGUGCAUGACGAGGCGGCGGCCAAGCAGCUCUGGGAAGAGAGCGACAAGCUGAUCGAAAAGGCGGAGAAGGACGCCGCCAUUGUGAGGGCGAGGAACAAGAAGCAGGCGGAGGACAAGGGCAAGAGGGAGGAGGAGGUGGAGAAGGAGAAGGAGAUUGAAGAGCUCGUCAACAGCAUCAAGAAGGGAAAGGAGGCGCAAAAGGCCAAAAAGGCGAAGAGCGGCGCCGAGGAGAAGCCCAAGGGCAAGAAGAAGUCUAAAAAGGCCGACAGCUGA